ACUUAGACCCAGAAUAAAUGAUGCCACAAGUCACCACUAAAUAAAGAAGCCACAAACUAUCUAGAGUUGCAGAAUAAUACCUUCCUCAAUGGCAGAAACAAGGAGAGCAAGAGAACCCAUGAAGAGAAUCAAAGAGACCCAGAAGCUAAACCACCAAGAACCUGAAAGCCCAUCUUACAGAGAAGCCCUCAGAAACCUCUUUACAUGCAGAAGCAGGCACAGAGCAGCAGCAGCAGCAGCAGCAGCAGCAGAAGCCAAAAACAAGAAGAAUGGCAGGAGAAUUGGGUGCUCAGGUUCUUUGUGCAACCUCAAGGAUGACUCAAGGAUCAUGCAGAAGCCGGAAAGAGAUGCAUCUCCUGAACCUGUUAAAAGAAGGGCUUCUGUGAGUAGCUGUAAUGUUAAUGAAAGAUCUACAAAGAAGCCACUUGGAGAGGCCAACAGGGUGGUUUCCACCUCCUCCUCUUCUCACUCUUCAGCUUCUUCAACCUCUUCUAUUGGUGGGUCUUUUAGGGGAAUGCAUUUGAGGAGGCUCUCUGGGUGUUAUGAGUGUCAUAUGGUGAUUGAUCCAAUAAAUGGGCUGCUAAGAGAUUCUUCUUUGAGGGCCACUAUUUUCUCUUGCCCUGACUGUGGGGAGAUCUUUGUGAAAUCUGACAGUUUGGAGGUUCAUCAAUCAAUAAGGCAUGCAGUAUCGGAACUAGGCACUGAAGACACAAGCAGAAACAUAGUGGAGAUAAUAUUUCAAUCAAGUUGGCUAAAGAAACAAGCUCCAAUAUGCAAGAUUGACAGGAUUUUGAAAGUCCACAACACCCAAAAGACGAAAACAAAGUUUGAAGACUAUCGCGAAUGCAUAAAGAAUAAAGCAAGUAAGCUCUCGAAGAAAUACCCUCGCUGCAUAGCCGAUGGGAAUGAGUUACUAAGGUUCCACUGCACAACCAUUAAAUGCUCACUAGGCCUACAUGGUUCGACCAAUUUGUGUGAUUCGAUCCCGCAAUGCAGUGUAUGCAGUAUAAUAAGGGAUGGGUUUAAAACCGACAAGAAUGGAAGGAUCGUCACAAUGGCUACGAGUGGAAGAGCACAUGAUAAUGCAAAGAUUUCAUUAGAUGAUGAGAGAAGAGCUAUGUUGCUAUGUAGGGUUAUAGCAGGAAGAGUGAAGAGGAAUCAAGAUAGUGUGGAGGAGUAUGACUCAGUGGCUGGUACUGCUGGAGUUUACUCAAAUUUGGAUGAGCUCUUUGUGUUCAAUCCUAAAGCUAUUUUGCCCUGCUUUGUAGUGAUUUACAGAGGUUGAUUGCUGUAGAAUUUCCUUGUGGAACACUUUGGUUAUGUUGAAGAUACUAUAGGUUUAGCUGAAUUUGCUUUGGGAGCUCAAGAAUUCUGUUGGGUUCUCCUUUGGUGUGAAGUAUGUGUGUCAAUCCUAUAAGGUCACAUAGCUUUUUUGUGGCUUUUUUGUGGUUCUUUGGUGUGAAUUAUUCUAGCUAUGUUAGUUCAUUAUGACUAAUUAUGUUGUUGCACGGUACACUCUACCUUUUAAUGGAA